UCUUCAUGCAAAUGCACCAAAAUCGUUUCACUAUGUCCAAAACCACUAGUGCUUUGCUAAUUUUAUCUCUCUAUGUGUUGGCAAAUCUGAACAACGGUGUUGAAGCUGCAGGGAGAGGUAGUAUCCCUAGAACAGAUGCUGAGAAAGAUCACCACAAUGAUCUUCUCUAUGGACCUCAACACUGGUUCUUUUUCUCCCCAUUUUUUCAUCCUUUUUGGUUCGGCCACUUGCCCCCUUGGUUUCCGCACAAUCAUGACAACCUCGCCGGCCCUCCUUUAGACAUUCCACCUUUUAAAGGUGAUGGAGGCUACGGCCCAGGCCCUUUCGGUGGGAAUGGGCCUCCAAAAGGCGGUGGUAAAGGUCCCAUAGAUGUCCCUCCUGUUAAAGGUGGUGACGGAGGUUACGGUGGUAAAGGCCCUAUUGACGUCCCUCCUGUUAAAGGUGGUGAUGGAGGUUAUGGUGGUGACGGUGGUAAAGGCCCUAUUGUUGGUCCUCCUAUUAAAGGUAGUGAUGGCGGUUAUCCCGGUGACGGUGGUGACGUUCCUAUUAAGGGUCCUCCUGAUGGAGGUUAUCCCGGUGACGGUGGUGACGUUCCUAUUAAGGGACCACCUGAUGGAGGUUAUCCCGGUGACGGUGGUGAUGGAGGUUAUGGGGAUUAUGGCGGUUAUGGUGGUAAAGGACCUAUUGAUGUCCCUCCUGUUAAAGGUGGUGGUGGUAAAGGCCCUAUAGACGGUCCUCCUAUUAAAGGUGAUGACGUCAGCUAUUAUGGUAAAAGCUCUUUGACCGGUACUGAACCUCCUAAACGUUAUAAAGGCCAUGGCUUAAAAGGAUCAACUCCUCUGCAAGGUGGUGGCAGAUAGAUAAAUAGAUAGAUAUCACUGAGUGUUUAUGUGUGCGUUACAUAGUGAUACCUUUCCUGUAUAACUAAAUAAUUUGCAUGGAUUGAACUUGUGUCCCACGAAGCUAUAGCUGCGUGAGUAUGUGUCCUCUGUGGUUUGAAUAUUAUAUAUUGAUGAUGAGCCAUGUAAUAUACUUUCUCAAUAUAUUGUUUGUGCUCUUUGAAUCAAAAUUACAAUUGUUCGUUGUA